AUUCAUUUCCUUUACAAUCAUAAACAUAACCAAGUUCCCAACUCGGUUGGAAGCCGAGCCGCCACACACUCACACAACACUCUCUCUUUCCGUGUAACCCCUUCAAUGGUCUCUCAACACUGUUGAAAUUUGACCCAUGCAGACCAUGCUACGAGCAAAGCAGAUCACUGCACUUUCUAGCAGUGCUAGGACUUUUCUCAUUGGUGGUUCGCGUUGUAAUGCAGCAGAUGGUAGUUCAUGCUCUUGCACUGAGGAUGAAAUUUGUGUUUCUAGACGACAGCAUAUAAAAAAUCAUGUUUUACCUGCACAGAAGCCAUCCUCCCUAGCAUCCAAAGCUACUUCUGAGGUGGAUGAAACAUUGGUUUCAGAAAACUCAGUAAAUGGGCCAGCUUGCUGCAAGGCUAAGGGUGUUGACCAAUCUAGCUGUAUUCAGCAAAUCAGGUCUGCUUCAAGUCCGGCAUGUAAAUCAGAUUCUGUAACAUAUGCUUGUGAUAUUGAUGGUGUUCAGGAACAUGUUGAGCACUUGUCUCCUCUCAAUUCUGACCAGUUUUACAGGGCCAGUAUUGCAGCUAUAAAUUUUCUUUCUGAUUUAGCUAAUUAUAAGUUUCCUUUAUCAAAUGGAAAGGGCAUACUAAGCUACUCUAAAAACUGUAUGGUUGAUACUGCCAGAACCCCACCCAACAUCAGAUCUUCAAACGUGAAACAGAUUAAAAGGGAGAACUUUACCAGUGUUCAUCCAAGACCAUCUGUUUCUACCAAUUCGAGGUCUAAGCGUGCUGGUCAUCAUCAUAGUGGAAAGUGUAAAGGUGAUAAAUCAAAUUUAGGUAAAGGUUUUAAGCAUAUUCCUUCUUCUGGGAUGGAAAAGUCAGUGGUGUCUCCAAAUAUUCCUUUAAAUAAUCAUGAACACAGAGCCUUUCCACAGAGAACAACAACAAAAUCAAAUCACAUUGUGACAAAUUUUGGUUCCUACAUGCGUGCUUCAAACACACAGAUGGUGGAAGUGGUUCCUACAAUCAAGGAAAGUUUUAAUAAACAUCCCAGGGAUCUGAAAAUGUCAGCUAGAACUGCUCCAAUGAACAGGCGUAUUGUGGAAGUGGUUUCAGACAUACUAAGGCAGUUAAGGUGGGGUCCCACUGCAGAAAAGGCUUUGUAUAACCUGAAUUUUUCAAUGGAUGCAUAUCAAGCUAACCAAAUCUUGAAACAACUCCAAGACCCCUCAGUUGCUCUUGGUUUUUUUGACUGGUUAAGGCGACAACCAGGUUUCAGGCAUGAUGGACAUACUUACACCACCAUGGUUGGUAUCCUGGGCCGUGCUAGAAGGUUUGAUUCAAUAAGCAAGUUGCUAGAGCAGAUGGUAAAGGAUGGAUGCCAACCCAAUGUUGUAACAUACAACCGCCUUAUUCAUUGCUAUGGCUGUGCAAACUACCUGAAAGAAGCACUGAAUGUGUUCAAUGAAAUGCAGGAGGUGGGAUGUGAGCCUGAUCGUGUCACAUACUGUACACUCAUUGAUAUCCAUGCUAAAGCUGGAUUUAUUGAUGUUGCCAUGUCUAUGUAUAAAAGAAUGCAAGAAGCUGGUCUUUCUCCUGACACUUUUACUUACAGUGUUAUAAUCAAUUGUCUUGGAAAAGCUGGCAAUUUAGCUGCUGCCCACUGGCUCUUUUGUGAGAUGGUUGAACAUGGUUGUGUUCCUAAUCUGGUCACCUACAAUAUCAUGAUUGCCUUGCAAGCUAAAGCAAGGAAUUAUGAGAUGGCAUUGAAACUAUAUCAUGACAUGCAGAAUGCGGGAUUUCAACCUGACAAAGUUACUUACAGCAUAGUAAUGGAGGCACUUGGCCAUUGUGGUUAUCUCGAGGAAGCUGAAUCAGUUUUUGUUGAGAUGCAACAGAAAAACUGGGUGCCAGAUGAACCUGUUUAUGGUCUUUUAGUAGACUUGUGGGGAAAGGCUGGUAACGUUGAGAAGGCUUCGGAAUGGUAUCAGGCUAUGCUGAAUGCAGGUUUACUUCCAAAUGUACCUACUUGCAAUUCCCUUCUCAGUGCAUUCCUCAGGUUGCAUCGAUUGCCAGAUGCUUAUAAUCUUGUCCAAAGCAUGGUGGCUCUUGGCCUUAGACCUUCUUUGCAAACUUAUACUUUGCUCCUUAGUUGCUGUACAGAGGCACAACCAGCACAUGAUAUGGGAUUUUUCUGUGAGCUCAUGGCGGUUACUGGCCAUCCUGCUCAUGCAUUUUUACUGUCUAUGCCUGCAGCAGGACCUGAUGGUCAAAAUGUGCGGGAUCAUGUAAGCAAAUUCUUGGAUAUGAUGCACACCGAGGAUAGAGAGGGCAAAAGGGGGCUUGUAGAUUCAGUGGUGAAUUUUCUAAACAAGUCUGGGCUCAAGGAGGAAGCUGGUUCAGUUUGGGAGGCUGCUGCACAAAGGAAUGUGUAUCCAGAUGCUGUUAAGGAAAAAAGCUCUCGCUAUUGGCUUAUAAAUCUUCAUGUCAUGUCUGAUGGAACUGCUGUGACAGCAUUGUCUAGGACACUUGCUUGGUUUCGCCAACGUAUGCUGGUAUCCGGGAUUCGCCCUAGUCGGGUAGACAUUAUCACAGGAUGGGGUCGUCGGAGCAAGGUGACAGGAUCUUCUCUGGUGAGACAGGCAGUGCAGGACCUGUUGCACACAUUCAGUUUCCCAUUUUUGGCUGAAAAGGGAAAUUCAGGGUGUUUUGUGGGAUGUGGGGAGCCUCUUUGCCAAUGGUUGAACCACUCUUAUGUGGAAAGGAUGCAUUUACUGUAGUUGGCUAUCAUCCCAUACCUCUAAAUUCCUUGUUCCUCAAAAAAUAACAACGAAUCCUCUAUGAUAGUCUAUGCUUUCUAUAUUAUAUUAUUAUUUGUAAAUAUAAACGAAAGAGCAAAUUACACUGAUGUAAUUUGUUCAAAAUUACUUCUUUCCUUUUUAACUUUACAGUAAUCCCCUUUUACAAGAAUACACUGAGGAAUGUGAAUUUUGAAGAAAUCACAACUUUCGCAAGGGA